UUCAUCUAGAUUUGAGUCCGAUGAGUUGCAUGUUUAGUAAAACAAUAGGGCGAUAAGAUACUCUGUGAACGGGGCAACCAAUUAGUAGGACCCAACAGUAGACAGCCAGCCCACCUCCCAACCCAAGAUUUAAUCAUGAAUCAGAGAUAAUAGUAAAGAAGCUGGCAUCGUUUUUCUAGGAGUCAAGCAACCAACCCUGCAUAUCAUUUGUCCCCACUCUCCGGUCACGGCCACAGAGUGGUUUAUACCGACUGGAUAUUGGGAGUCUACUUACUUGAUUUAUGUCGCAUUCCAUUCGGACAAGAAUUUUCAGAAGAUGACAGAGAAUUAAGCAGUAGCUGUCUUUAGAUUGUAAGAAAUGAGUGCUACGAGGUUCAUAAAGUGUGUGACCGUGGGUGAUGGAGCUGUUGGCAAAACCUGCAUGUUGAUUUCUUACACCAGCAACACUUUUCCGACGGAUUAUGUGCCGACUGUUUUUGACAACUUCAGUGCAAACGUGGUUGUGGAUGGUAGCACCGUUAACCUCGGUUUAUGGGACACUGCAGGUCAAGAGGAUUACAAUAGAUUAAGACCCUUAAGCUAUCGAGGAGCAGAUGUUUUCCUUCUUGCAUUUUCUCUCAUUAGCAAGGCCAGCUAUGAAAAUAUUGCAAAGAAGUGGAUUCCUGAGUUAAGGCAUUAUGCACCAGGUGUUCCAAUAAUUCUUGUGGGAACAAAGCUGGAUCUUAGAGAUGAUAAGCAAUACUUUGUAGAUCAUCCUGGAGCAGUGCCCAUCAGUACAUCACAAGGAGAAGAACUCAAGAAACUAAUAGGAGCUGCUGUGUACAUCGAGUGUAGUUCAAAAACACAGCAGAAUGUGAAGGCCGUAUUUGAUGCAGCAAUUAAGGUAGUACUCCAGCCACCGAAGCAAAAGAAGAAGAAGAAAAAGGGACAAAAGGCCUGCUCCAUUUUGUAAUACUGGAAACCGAGAUAGAAGAUGGCCAAUUUUCUCCAGGGAGAGGCGAGUACUCUAAAUAGUCUCCACUAACUCACUAGAUAUUACUGUUAUGGCUUGUUCAGUAAAGUGAAGUUAAGAUACUGGAUACAUCGGUCUUGUUCAGUACUAUAUACCAAAUAUACUGUUAAAGCAUUGUCUUUUCCUGUUAUCUCCCCUCCUGUACUCAGUUUAUGAUAUGUAACUUACUCGUCUAGUGUUCCAUGAUGAAACACGUAUUAUUAGUUGCUUUUGGUGUGUGGUGUGAUUUGAAUUAUAGUUAUGUAAAUCAACGAGAAUGGCAAGGAUAUAUUCUCCAAUCUCCAUAUUCAAUUGAACUGCAGGCUUGGCUUGAAACUGAGUUUACAGCCUUCCAUUUGAAAGGUUUUGUUCA